AUGACUAAGCACGAAGAGAAAAGAAUUUCUUUGAUUUUAGGAAUCAUCGAAAUUCAUCAAAUUAUAUUCGAUCAAAUAGAACAAUGUGUAGCUAUUCUUAAACUUGAACUUGAUCACGACAAAUUAUUUGAAGAAGUGAUUAGUUUACAAUUAACAUUUGAAGAGAGUGUUUCCUAUCGUGAAUCACUUUUUGUUCAAAUACAAAAGUAUGUUGGUGGUCGUAAUUUCGAUGAAAUUGAAGAAAUAUAUGAAGAAGAAGAAUUCAUUCAUAAGACAUCAACACCAAGUCAUCAACAUAAUUUUGAAGUACAAUUAAAUUCAAUAAAAAAAUUUAAUGGUCAAGGUACUGUUGAGAAAUGGUUAACACAAAUUAUUGAGAUAUUUGACUCUUUUCAAUUAUCAUCAAAUGAACGAAACAAAUUAAUUCCUGAUAUUUUAACUGGUGAAGCACUUAUUUGGUAUUUUAAACAACGACAUCACAAGGCAACAUUUAAUUCUUUUAUUCAAAAUUUACUUCACCAAUAUGAAAACAAAACUUCCCGAUCAGCACAGUUAUCAUCAUCGGAAUCAGCUUCAAAACAAUCGGAACAAGAAACGAUGAGUACUUUUAAAGAAAUUAUUGUAGAGCCUCUUCGAAAUCAAAUGUUGAUUGCUAGUUUAGAAAAAUUACAAAAAUUUUCAGGAAAAUCAAAACAGAAUGUGUCAAAAUGGCUACGAGAAACUCAACAAGCCAUGUAUAUAUUGCAAUUAACUGAUGAAGACAAAUUAUUUUUUAUAUCUACUUGCUUAGAAGCUGAUGCACGAGACUGGUUUUUUGAUAAUAUGCAUUUGUUCAAAACAUGGACAUUAUUUACACAAAAAUUAAUUAAUACAUUUGAAUCAACCGGAAAAGCUGAUAUUUCAUUUCAUCGAUUACGUCAUUACCAACAAGGUUUAACUCAAGAUGUUAGACAAUAUUAUUUUGAAAUUAUGAAGUUAUGUAAAGAAGCUAAUGCUUUAAUGGAUGAUGCUAGUAAAUUGCAAUAUUUAAAAGAUGGUUUAAAACCAUCAUUACGUUUUGAUGUUUUAUUGAAAAAUCCACAAACAACUGAAGAAUUUUUGAAAUAUGCUCAGAAAGUGGAAGAACUUAAAUUAUUAGAUGAAAAAGAUAGUAUGAUUGAUCAAGCUGUCAAUCGUAAAUCCCCAGAUCCACCAACAUUAAAGUCGAAGGCCAUGAAUAUUAAUUCAUUACAGAUUCACCAACCGAUUUCAUCUCACCAACUAAACUUUAAUAAUUCAUAUAAAAAUACUCAAUUUAACAGCAAUAAUAAUUCCGGUCGAGAACCAGCAACUGCUCCAACGACAAAUGAAUAUUACACAGCAGUACCUAAACCACCUUAUCAAUGUUAUAGAUGUGGUGCAGGUGAUCAUUACAUUCGAAAUUGUCCAUAUUUUCAAGAGAGGGGCCAUUGA